GAUGAAUCCAGAUGAAAAAGAGACAGAACAGUCAUCGAAGGAUGAAUUGUCGUUAAGUAAUACUCAACAAAUAGAACCUUCUGGAAAGGCGCAAAUAAAUCCAGAGUUUAAUGAUAUCGUUAAUAACGAAGAACAAAAAAGCAGUGACGAACAACUUGUCAUUAAUAGACCUAUUACUGUAGAUGAUGUUCUUUCUGGCAAGAUUACUCUUCCGAAGCCUACUCCAAAGAAUUAUAAUGAUUCUGCAAAUAAUAAAAAAAAAGAUAAAAGACCACAUAUACCGACAACAGACUCCAUGCAAGAAUUCCUAGUUAUCCCUGAUACUGUUGAUAAUGAAACUACAGAUCAAACUGAUUCAAAUACCAAUUAA